CUGACACCAUGGGGAGCACAGGAUGACGACUCCCCACGUCAGGGAGCUGUGCUGCUGCCAGCACCCCUUUGUUCGGGGGGAUAAUUAGCCUAAUGGGGCUCCGAGCAUCAGCCUGGAGCGCUGUGCUGCUGGUGCUGGUCAGUAUUGACCUCCAGCCCCUUUGUGCCAGCCUGGCCACAGGGCCUGUGGGCAAUUAGGGCCUCAUUAGUGCCUGGCACCCCAGCCACUGAGCACCUACACAAUGAGGAACUGCAAAUGAGGGGAAAGGCCUGGAUGGUCUCCGGGCUACCGGCCCCAGCGCACCCGUGUCUCCCAGAGACCGUCUGCUCCCGCUGCCCCAGCGGUAUUUUUGGCAGCACUAUUGUGCUGGGCCCUAUAAAGCGGCAGCAGCAGCACAGGGCACUGUGCUCUCAGCUGCCCGGUGGGACAUGCCCCAGAGCCACUCGGCUGCCUGAAGACCCCAGGAAGGAUGGAGGUGCCAAACACCAAGCUCCAGCGAGCUUCCUGCCUCCUGCUCCUGCUCCUUCUCUGCUCCCUGGCCUCUCCCCGGCAGAGCCUGCCCGACUGCUGCCGGCAGAAGACCUGCUCCUGCCGUGUCUACGACCUCCUGCACGGCAUGGGCAACCACGCCGCUGGUAUCCUCACUCUGGGCAAGAGGAAGAGUGUCCCCCUGGCCUUCCAGAGCCGGCUCUACCGCCUGCUCCAUGGCUCCGGCAACCAUGCCGCGGGCAUCCUCACCAUGGGCAAGCGCGGGGAGCACCCUGGCACUGCCUGCCAUGACACAUCAAGCUGCCCUGCAGGCGUGGACACCCAGCCAACGCCAGCACCGCGGGGUGCUGACACCAGCCCUGCCGGCCCCAGGGAGUGCCAGGGACACUCAGGGAAGGACCUGAGCUCGAGCCAGGCCCAGGGAGCAGCAAGGAGCUUUUACUGAGUGGGGUGGAGGCAGUGGGGGCAGAGAGGGGAUCCCUGGGGGGGAUGGAAUCCUGGGACACGCACCCGGAGCUCGGUGUAAAUAGCACUUUUAGAUACCUCCUCCCUGGCUCAGCCUGCCCAGGGCACCGCGGGCACCGCGAACUUUUACAAUAAACGGUAGCCUGAUGUCA